AUGGCCGCAACACCAGUCGCAGGCUCUGCACCGGCAACGCUCGAGAAGAAGCCUGUCAAGUUCAGUAAUCUUCUAUUGGGUGCUGGUUUGAACAUGUUUGAAGUCACUACUCUAGGCCAGCCUCUUGAGGUAGUUAAGACAACGAUGGCGGCCAACAGAGGCGACAAUUUCGUCGGAGCUCUCUCAAGAGUUUGGGGACGAGGCGGUGUACUAGGAUACUACCAGGGUCUUAUCCCCUGGGCCUGGAUAGAAGCUUCCACAAAAGGCGCAGUUCUCCUCUUUGUCGCCUCCGAAGCCGAGUUCUACGCCAAAUCCUUCGGAGCCAAUGACUUCGUCGGUGGCAUCUCCGGUGGUAUGGCCGGAGGUGUCGCCCAAGCAUACGCUACAAUGGGCUUCUGUACUUGCAUGAAGACCGUUGAAAUUACAAAACACAAGAUAGCGGCAAAGGGCGUUAAGCCCCCAGGAACUUUUGAGACAUUUAUGGAUAUCUACCGAAAAGAGGGGAUAAGGGGUAUCAACAAGGGGGUCAACGCUGUCGCGAUACGGCAGACUACGAACUGGGGCUCAAGAUUCGGUCUAUCACGUUUGGCAGAGUCGGGCAUCAGGUCAGCAACAGGAAAGGAGGAAGGGCAAAAGCUCGGCUCUUUAGAGAAGAUAUUAGCCAGUGGACUUGGUGGUGGACUGAGUGCUUGGAACCAACCCAUUGAGGUCAUCAGAGUCGAGAUGCAGAGCAAGACCGAAGAUCCAAAUCGGCCUAAGAACUUGACUGUGGGAAAGACGCUAAGAUACAUCUACUCGAACAACGGCCUCAAGGGUCUGUACCGUGGUGUGACACCUCGGAUUGCCUUGGGUGUCUGGCAGACAAUAUGCAUGGUGGCGCUGGGUGACAUGGCGAAGGAAGCUGUCGAGAAGCUCACCGGGGACGAAGUUACAGCCAAGCACUGA